AUGCCUCGCGGUGGCAGAGGCGGCCACGGCGGCCCACCACCACGUUCCGUCCUCGUUUCCAAGGCCCUCUCCCGACUUCUCCGUCACGCCGCUGUGGCGGAGCGGAUCCCCAUCGACAGCCACGGCUAUGUGCGCAUAGACCAUCUGCUUGGCUGGCAGAGACUACGCAGCAUGAAGCCGCCCGUCACUUUUGCAGAAAUCGUAGAAGUUGUGCAAGAGAACGAGAAGAAGAGGUUCGCGUUGAAAUUCGUCGACCCUGCCUCUACCUCUACCGCCACCGCCACCGCCACCGCUGCUGCUGCUGCUGCUGCUGGGGAUGGAGGAAAGGACGGGGUCGUGCCUCCGCCGCCGCCUCCGCCUGGGAAUGACCCAGGUCUCGAACACGAGCAGGGACCCGACGGCGAACCAGAAACCGAAGCACAAGUCGAGACCACCACACAGCACGCCAUCUCGCGGUUUGAAUCAACACCACCGUCCGACCUGGAUGUGAAGCGGUUCUUCAUCCGCGCCACCCAAGGCCACAGCAUGAAGACCAUCGAGGCGGAGAACCUCCUCACGCCUAUAUCGCUCGAGGACCCCGCCAGCAUUCCGGACACGGUCGUGCACGGUACGUUCUACGGCGCGUGGGAGGAGAUCCUAAAGAGCGGGGGACUAAAGAGCAUGAGACGGAACCACGUCCAUUUCGCGACGGGCCCAAGCCUGCAGGAGGUUUGGCCUUCCGCGGCAGCCGGGACGGCAGCAGCGACGUCAUUGCCCGUAUCAGAGGCAGCCCAGAGUGACGGUGAUGGCGGCGUCAACAGCAGCAACAACAACACCAACCACGACAACAACAACGACAACGCUCAAUUUUCGAACCAGAACAAUCACAAUCACAAUCACGGUCACGGUCACGGUCACAAGAAUCUGGCCGAUGUGCUAGGCCAGAAUAAAGCCAUCUCAGGCAUGCGCAGCGACGCCCAGAUCCUGAUAUACAUCGACAUUCGCCGCGCGCUGGCCGAGGACAAAGACAUGAAAUGGUGGCGGAGCGAGAACGGCGUGAUCCUCACAGACGGGGUAGCAGCCUCGUCUGGAAAUGAAGUGGCCGAGAAGAUCGUGCCGGAGAAAUACUUUCUCGCGGCCGUGGAGAUCAAGGAAGGCGUCGGCUUGCUGUACGAGCACGCCGCGGGAGGAGUGGUCAAGGAAUUACCCGAGCCAUUGAAGAGUAGGCCGCCGCCUCGGGGGAAGGGCGCGGAGCCGAGAGGUGCAAGAGGAGCGAGACGAGGAAGGGGGAGGGAAAGGGACAAAACGGACCGGGCCUGA